AUGCAAGAGCGAUUGCCUGUCGAGAUUCGCGAGAUGAUAUAUGCACAGAUCUGGAAUGUGGAGUAUCUCAACUCCACAAGACAGCCAAGUCAGCAGUCUAGCUCUCUUGGUCACACCGAUCCAAGGUGCCAGACACAUGUUGUUCUGCCCGACUUCAUGGGCAAAGAGACAGCACUGGAGAUGGUGCAAGCAUGGUACGAAGCCGCAGCUACAGUCACACCAGACACCUUCACAAUCCCCGAUACCCGGGAGUUGAUCCAACAAACCGUGUGUGAAGAUCGCUUCAAAGUCGGUCUAGAUCCAGCAACCGUUCUUCGGACUCUCACCAUCGAUUUCGACGAGACCACGUCUAGGCUCGCUAGUCCGUAUUGUAAGUGGCCAAACGCGGCUACACGGCGGAAGACUUUCGAUCUUCUCCACCGGAUCAAGAAGAAGACUGGAUUUCGACUCAACUUUCGUAUAUGCACUCCUAAGUUCCGAUUGAAGUGUUGGCCCGACUUCCUCGAUCUCAUGCAACCUAUAGUCAAGACAUUGGAGAACGAGGGCGCUAUCGUCGACGUCCAGGCUAUACAUUGCAGUCGGGGCCCUCAUCCGAUGCCGGCUUAUCGUAUCGAAAACAACGACGAUUAUGACCCCACUUCACGUCCCGAAGAUGGCGAUACUCCUUACGGGACGGAUGAAGACAUCUACAGCGAUGAAGGCGAUAGCGAUGACAGUGUUGAAAGGUAUCGCCAUGAUGGUCGAGGAAAUUAUCCAGGUGCAGUGUCUUCGCCACGUCAGUACGGAAGUGACCUCAUACAAUGGAAGAACGACUUGCUAGAGGAUCUCGAAAUGGAAGAAAGUGAGGCAAUCAAAGACAUGUACGAAUACUGGGAGAGCUUCGACGCGCCCAGCUGGGUGGGUGCCUCCUCUGAGUCUGAGCACUUAGAUGGACCUGGGUACGACCCAGAUUCAGGUUCCGAUUGA